CUUUGUCCGCGAUGGGCUCUCAAUAAACCCCUUCCUUCUAUAUUGACCAGGUCCAUCUGUCCAUGCCCUUCUGGCCCUCUGUAUCGGUCCUGGCCCCGCGGAGAACUAGAUUACAACAGUACUACGGUACAACUAACUCUCUCUCUUAUCCGUUCUGAACGACUCGACAGACCCGGUCCUCGACCAUGGCGAACAAGGCGUUGAUUCCCUUCCUGGUCACGAUGAUGCUCGUGACCGGGGUGUGCAACACAAUCCUCAAUAAAUACCAGGACAUGCAAUGCGUCCUAAACUGCGAUUCCCCAGACCCGAAGGAGCGCCGUACCUUCGAACAGCCUGUCAUCCAAACGGCACAGAUGUUUGUAGGUGAAAUGGGUAGCUGGAUAGUCGUCCUUCUCACCUUCCUCUACCAACGCUUCAUCUCUCCGCGAUUAUCGCGUAACAACUCGUCGCCUCUUUUGGCAGGAGGAUAUCAUCCCGUCGGGGCAAAUGACGGCAUUGACGAGGACGACGAGGACGGCACGAUCAAUGGGGCUCGUUACUCCGAGGAUCCUUCCAAGCCGGAUCAUUUGGACGAACAACGCCUCCCUCUACAUGGUCGAAGAAUAUUCAUGCUUGCAGCGCCGGCCUGCUGCGAUAUUGCAGGCACGACGCUCAUGAACGUUGGCCUGCUCUUUGUUGCCGCUAGUAUCUAUCAGAUGACCCGGGGAGCUCUGGUGCUAUUCGUGGGCCUCUUCAGUGUCCUUUUCCUUCAUCGAAAGCUGUAUCUUUACCAGUGGAUCUCGCUCUGCAUUGUGGUUCUUGGUGUCGCGUUGGUCGGCCUUGCGGGCGCCCUUUUUGACCACAAUGAGCACGACGUCACGCAGGAAAAUGUCGUCAUGAAUGCUGCCAUUCAAGCGCGGGCCGUUGCCCGAACUCCCGAAGCGGUGCAGGCCAUCAUCGGAGUUCUUCUGAUUGCGGCAGCCCAAAUCUUCACCGCGUCCCAGUUCGUCCUGGAGGAAUGGAUUCUGGAGAACUAUGAGAUGGACCCUCUGCAAGUUGUUGGAUGGGAAGGUAUCUUCGGUUUCUCUGUGACCGUGGUCGCAAUGAUUAUUUUAUACUUCUCCGUCGGGCAAACCCCGGCCGGUCGUUAUGGCUACUUUGACGCGAAGGAGGGUUGGCAUCAGGUGCUUAACAAUCGCGCCGUUGCCGUCUCCAGCAUCCUGAUCAUGAUCAGCAUUGGUGGGUUCAACUUCUUCGGGCUGUCCGUCACUCGAAACGUCUCGGCCACAUCUCGCAGCACCAUCGAUACCUGCCGUACCCUCUUCAUCUGGCUCGUCUCGCUGGCUCUAGGAUGGGAGUCCUUCAAAUGGCUCCAGGUGGUCGGUUUCGGACUCCUCGUGUACGGAACCUUCCUGUUCAACGACAUCAUUCGCCCGCCGCUGAAGGCCUGUCUGCCUGAUCGGAUGAGAGAGCGGGAGGUUCUCUUGCCUGAGGAGCCGAUCGAGCACCUCUAGAGUGCGGGAACAGGAUCGAAGUGAGGCUUGUAUAGAAACA